UGUUUCUGCACGUUGCCUUUUUUUCCUCCAAUAAACCUCCGCUGAGCUGUAAAGACACAGAAAAACAACAAAUAUGCCGAAAGCCAAGCAGUCAGCGAGGAGAAAGAAGUUUAAUUACAACCAGGACCGGAAGAAACUGAAGAAACAGUUCAUCAAGAAAUACAACCCGAGGAUAGAAAAUUCACAGAUUCGAAAUGCAUGGGACGACAAGAAGUCCAUGGCCAGGAACCUGCAGGAGAUGGGUCUGACUUUUGAUCCAAACCGCACGCUGCCAAUAAAGAAGAAGGGCCUCCUCCGUGAAGAGAGAGAGACUAAAGCUCCCGGCGGCAUUGUGACCAAGCCCUACGUUCUCAACCAGCUGGAGGAGGAAGCAAGUCGUCCAGAGAAAGACACCAAGACAUUAUCAUCUGACCUGAUUGAGUACGCUCAGUACAUGAUCCGAGAACACGGCGACAACUUUAAGGCGAUGGCCAGGGACGAGAAGAACUAUUAUCAGGACACACCUAAGCAGAUCAAGAGGAAAAUAAACGAGUAUAAGCGCUGCCACCCAGAGCACUAUGACGCCUUCAUCAGCUCACUAAGUGCUCCACAGCCGAUGGUCCAGUAAGGGGAUUGUCGAAGGUGAUCUGAACUUAAUAUCAUUCUUUGUAUCAGGAUUUUAUUCUGGAGAGACUGUCUGCAGUGCCAACAGGAUGGAAGACCAGUGUGAGGACUGUAGAUGCACCAUCCACAAUCAGAAUAUCCUACAGUGACAGGAAGUGGAGAUGUCCUGGAGGAGUGAAGGUUGAGCUCUGCUUCUGUGACUUGUUAAGGACCAUUCAGGAGCUUUCUGUAACUGUCAAGAUUUCCUCCUUUAAUUUUUCUCCUUUUUGUUUAUGUUGAUCUUAGCUUAUGAAUAUCAAACGCAGUUGACUGAGAUGUAUUUUUAAUGUAUCAUUUAAAUACCUUGAAGCUC